UCGCUUGUUUGGUGUUGAAGCGAUCUGUACAUUGUUGGAAGGGAAAACGUUCUUCCUGGGGGGAAAUUUUCCUUUUCGACAUGCCAAAUAAACCAAAGAAAGAGAAGACAGUUACAAAGACUACUGGUGGAACAAAAGCAAACGCGAAAGAAAGUACUGAAAAUGCAGAAAAUGAGGCAAAGAAAAAGGCGGCGAAUCAAAAUGCCGAGCAGCAUCCACCUCCAGCACAGAUUUCCAAAAUGAAAUUCUCCGGCCCCCCUCACGUCAAGAAAGACAAAAGACAAAAUUCAUCAAGAUUCAACGUGUCUAAAAACAGAGAACUUGUGAAGCUGCCACUACUGAAAGAUGCAACGCCGGCAGAGAGGGAGGACCUGUUUAUACAGAAGAUCCGACAGUGCUGUGUACUGUUUGACUUUGUUCAGGAUCCUCUAAGUGACCUCAAAUGGAAGGAGGUGAAAAGGGCAGCCCUCAAUGAGAUGGUAGAGUUUGUCACCCAGAACAGGGGUGUCAUCACAGAGGCCAUUUACCCUGAGGCCAUAGUAAUGUUUUCAGUCAAUUUCUUCAGGACGUUACCCCCUUCAUCGAAUCCCAAUGGGGCCGAGUUUGACCCUGAGGAGGAUGAACCAACGUUAGAGGCGUCAUGGCCACACUUACAGUUGGUUUAUGAAUUUUUUCUACGGUUUUUGGAGUCUCCAGACUUUCAACCCAAUACAGCCAAGCGGUAUAUAGACCAGAAAUUUGUAUUACAACAAUUAGAAUUAUUUGACAGUGAAGACCCUAGGGAAAGAGAUUUCUUGAAAACGAUAUUACACAGAAUAUAUGGGAAAUUUUUGGGACUUCGAGCAUACAUCAGGAAACAAAUCAACAAUAUAUUUUAUAGUUUUAUUUAUGAAACAGAACAUCAUAAUGGUAUAGCAGAAUUACUAGAAAUAUUGGGAAGUAUUAUUAAUGGUUUUGCAUUGCCGCUGAAGGAGGAGCACAAAGUCUUCCUACUAAAGGUCCUGUUACCCCUCCACAAGGUGAAGUCUCUGAGCGUGUACCACCCACAGCUGGCCUACUGUGUGGUACAGUUCUUAGAAAAGGACCCCAGUCUAACAGAACCGGUCAUAAUGGGAUUAUUGAAAUUUUGGCCGAAGGUCCAUAGUCCAAAAGAGGUGAUGUUUUUGAAUGAAUUGGAAGAGAUUUUAGAUGUGAUAGAACCCGCUGAGUUCACCAAGGUGAUGAACCCACUCUUCAAACAGCUAGCCAAAUGUGUGUCCAGUCCCCACUUUCAGGUAGCAGAGAGAGCUCUGUACUUUUGGAAUAAUGAGUACAUCUUGAGUUUGAUCACUGACAAUGCCUCUACCAUCCUGCCUAUCAUGUUCCCAGCUUUGUAUAGGAGCAAGGAGCACUGGAACAAGACGAUACACGGGCUUAUAUACAAUGCUCUGAAGCUGUUCAUGGAGAUGAACCAGAAAUUGUUUGAUGAUUGUACACAACAAUACAAGGCAGAGAGACAAAAAGAAAAGGAGAAAAAUAAGCAUCGAGAUGAUGCCUGGACGAAAGUGCACAACCUAGCGUUAGGAAAUCCGCAAUUCAGAGAGUAUGCAAUUUUUUUAACUAAUGGUGAGAAGCCCGGAAAUCCAGGGACGCCUAACAGUAUAGGGACCGAGGAGGAUGGGGAGGUUGUCGUCAACAUGGAAAAAUUACAAAGGGAGGCCAACGAGAUAGCAGCAAGUAACGCUAAAAAAAUGAGCAAGAAAACAGAGAUAAUGUUCCACGCUGAUGCUAAAGGAUUGGACUUGCUCACCUCUGACUUCGGAAAACUACAGAAGAAAAAAGCGAAAGAAAAACCACUGUUGCGCCGAAAGUCCGAAUUACCACAUGACAUGACUAUGAUAAAAGCUCUGGAUUCUCAUAAGCGAUCAGAUGAUUUCCUUUCUACCUCGUCUGAGGGAAACAACUGAUACGUCGGACACAAACCUAGCCGAAUGGACACCGUAGAAGAGGGCGACGUUUUUACUUGCUUUCACUGGACAAUCAUGCUAACAAACAUGGGGACGUGGGGCCCUAGCCUGACCAAUAAGGGAUGCAGGGCCCUGAUCAGGCUGACCACUGGGACACUGAUGACCAGGAAGGUGACCAUGUGAUGCGAGUCGGUACUCAGCACAGUGAGGCUGUGUGCCGCGUCUGGUAGUGUGUAGAUAAUCAUUAUACAUAGAUAUGAAUAUUAUAUAAACAAAUCUUUAAUCUAUUCAUUUUAUUAUUGUACAUAGUGUAAGAUUUAUAAUUUUAAUUUUUUGUUUGGUUGCAUGUACAGAACUGGUAUAAAAACCUGGCUGUGGAAAUGGUGAAGGGGAAAUAUAUGUAUUUAAAUAUACUUUAUAAUGUAAAAUACAUGUUGAUGUGAUCAACUGACAGGUUUCAGUUCCAUAUCAGACGGAGUUGUUCCCUCUUCACUACUAAAUCAAUCAGGAUUUUAUACGUUGUGUGUAAAUGUGUCUGAUAGUGUGUUUUUAUAAUGAUAUGGACCAAUUUUUUUUUUAUAGGAGAGAGCCAACUCUAAAUAAAGAGGUUAUAGGUCAAAUUGUCACAAAGAAUAACAACAUGGGUUAAAAAAGAUAAAUAAUGAUAUAAAUGCAUCAGUAAUGAGUAAGAUUAUUUUCUUUUAAUGAAGAAAUCUACCUGGAACUAGUGUGUAAGAAAUAUGUCGUAUUGGUUGUACGAGAGUGAGUAUGGAGGCGAGGUGAACCAUUGGCCAGCUUUUUGACCAAGGUAACACACAAAAUUUGUGUAAGUUAUGUUCAUUAACACGUGUGAAAUAGACGUUUUAUAGUCAAACAUGUUCACUCCUUGCACAUGAAAUAGUUGAUUGGAGUAAUGCGUGUUGGUGAAGCUUUAUCUGCUUUUUAGUCUAGAUAAAGAGGCCUACAUUUUGUAUUGAAUAAGGCAAGAAAAGCUGGAGGUUUAAAGCUGGAGUGGAGUUGUUAUAGAUGUGUUUGCAGGAUUUUUGUUCGAAGGAAUAAAUUAUUUGGUUUUUGUAGCUGAAUAGUAUGUAGCUGUUCUGAAGGGCUAUUCAGGGUAGCUGGUCGGUCGUGUCCAAGCACAAGUCAUUGAUAUUGUCUUGCACAGCCUCAGGUUCUGUGGUAUCCAGGCAGUAUCUGUGGAUGGUGCCUCAACUUUGGCAAAUUUUCAGGUUCUGUGGUAUCCAGGCAGUAUCUGUUGAUGGUGCCUCAACAUCGGCAAAACUUCGGGUUCUGUUGGUAUCCAAGCACCUUCUAUCAACGGUGUGUCCAAUGACGUGCAUAACGUAUCCAGGCACUGUCCACCGAAGGUUUCUUGACUGACCUGAAUGACCCCUGGUUCUGUAGUAUCUAGACAACUCAGCCAUGUGCCAAGUGUUUCUGGGGAAUGUAAUAUGUUAGCAUCUGUGAUUCUUUAUGGGAACAAUUUUUGGGAUAUCUCUGUGGUCAUACUACGUUAUGUGAGAAUUACACGAUACCUUUCUUGUGGACAUCCAGAACAUUUUCUUUAUCGUGGUCUUCAUAUGAUUAGGUUACUUUGCCUACAUCGACCUUGUUAUUAUAAAUGGUGAUUUUAAAUUAUUUCCUGGUGUUACGUUGAUCAUCUUACAAGGGUUUAAACUGCAGUGAUCAGUGAGACAGAAUGAUUGAACCUCGUCGGUGUUUGGUGAUGGUCCAAAUAUAUCACAUUUGUUUGAAUAUGCGAAAUCACAGAGAAGUGUCUUGACAAUGUCCAACAUUCCCUUCACAGUUUUGACCUUGCAAUGGAUGGCCGGUCCUGAAUUUGUAGAUCUAGAUGUUUGUGAAUGAUCCCCUUUCCGGCUCCCGUUAGCUCCCAGGGAUAGGUUUAGAUUGUAAGGAGUGGCAGACUUCUCUACAAUUUUCCUCCCCCUAUCUGUUGUCCACUAUGCAAAUCUAAGGAGGUUUAGGCUUAGAGUACAGGAAGCUGUCAUCACUGUAUUCCACCCAGGGUAAGCUGUGUACAGGAAGCUGUCAUCACUGUAUUCCACCCAGGGUUAGCUGUGUUUGUGAGUUGGAGCGGUGCGACUGUCAUGAUUCACUUACAUCAUUUCUCUUUUAGACAAUUUUUGUAGGAGCUUUUCACCUGGUACUGUAUUGGUGUUCGUCUCGGUCAAAUCUUGGGUAAAUUUCACCUAUUAGCAGAAUCAUAAUUAAAGUGCUUUAGAUAUACAUGUAAUUGAAAAACAUGUCUACAACAAGAGAUGUUAAGAUAAAAUUUGUGGUCCCAAAUAUUUAGAUAGUGUAACAUCAUCCAGUUUACAUUGUGUUGCUGAUUAUGAAUACAAGUUUUAACUGACAUGUGCUACCAGGCUCAAGGAACAUUAUGCUGUUUAUCAGAUCAGUUCUUCAUCAGUAGGUUGAUGUGAUGUACUUUGUGAAAAUGAACAAAUCAGCCUGUAUUAUUAUGUUCGAUUUUGUAUGGUAUUUGUGGAAGUUGAGUGGUAAUGUAUCAGACAUACACUGUGCAAAGAUGCAUGUUUUCAAGAGAUUAUUUUUCUCAUUUCUAAUCCUAGAAAUGUUCAUUACGACAGUUCAAAUGUUGUCAAGAAUCAUCUGGAGUUCAACAUUCUGGAAUUGUAUUAUCUGAACACUUUUCAAGCGUCCUGUUUGACUCGGACUCAUUCUAUUCUAUAUCAGUGAUUAUAGAAUGUUCAAAAGUACAAUAUAAACUAUAAUUAAUCAGGGCAUUUUUUGUGAUCAUCAGACUUAAGAAUGGACUAUCGUAAGUGUAAGGCAAUGGAUUUUAAUGAAUCCUGUUAUUGAAAAAGUUAAAUUAUGUGAUUUUGUAUGACCUUUGUGCUGAAGUUCCCCUUGUGAUAUAUAGGACGCAUUUAAUGAAAUACUCGAUGCUCAGAAACAGUUAUAUAUAACCCAACAUUUAUACUAGUGGUAAUGAAUACAAACCAUGGCCCAGUUAGGAUGUGUAUUCCAUGGCCAGUUUGUCUAGUUAGUAAUGAUGAGGUAUAUACAGGAAUUUAAUUAACACUACAAUCUGAAGGAGUUUAUAAACAUUUUCAUUAACUCCUCUACAAUAUUUUAUAAAUGAUUUUCUUAAAAAGGCUUUUCAUAUUAUAAACUGAAUGCAUAUCACUGUGAAGUAUUUAAUUUAACUUUACAUAAUAGGUUUAUGGUACAUUAUCAUUCACUCGAGCAAAUUGUAUUUGUUUACUAAAUAGUUUAGUUGCUCUCUCUCUCUCUCACUCUGCUUUUUGUAUUUAUUUAUUAUUGAUGACAAUUAGAGGUUAAGACUUAUUUACCAGUAGGGACCACAUAAUCAAAAGGCAAUUUUGGAUUUCGUUUGAUCAGAAUAUUUCAUUAAAGUGAUGUCAACAGCCCAUCCCUGUGAUAGUGUACUGUGACUAUCAGAUAUGUACACACAAGAUUUUCCUGUGUUUUUCUGAAGUGGUGUAUUUAGUGUACAUGAAUGAUGUACAUAUUUUAUUUCAAUGCAAUUUGUACCUUACUACAGUCAUAAGUAGAAAAAAAUGCAAUCUUUUAUACUGUAUGUAAUAUAUAUUUUUCUCAUUUCAAUACCCCAUGUCCAAUUGAUAAUCAUUAUAGAAAUAGAUCAUAGUAUUUAAACAAAACAUGCAGAGAAAUAUAUCUGAUAUGCAAAGCUAUAAAGAGUGCUGGCAGUAUCGAUUGCUACAUGUAUUUUGGUUGUGUUGAUCUCGUGAACUUUUUGUCUCUAAAUGAUAAAAAAAAAUGCACAUCGUGAAUGUUUAUGAAAACAACUGAAAAAAUAAAAAAAAUACCACAACUUUCGAUAUAAUGAUCCUAUUUGAUUUGGCCGGUGUUUAUAUAGUUUUCCUUGUGUAUUUCAAGUCCUCAUCUGUUUGUGGCGCACGAAUAUAUUAUUAUGAUCCAUGUAUCUCAUUUUAAGCUUGUUUCUUUUAAAUGCAAUGAGCAUUUUAGUACUGAUCAGUGAUAUAUACUAUAUUGAUGUGUCGUGCGGUUACCUGUAUGACGACGCAAGAUAAUGUAUGAAUGGAUUCAUGGAUAUGUAUUAACUGUGAUUAUUUGUAGUAUCAUCAUUUUUUUUAUCAGGAACAAAACUUAUUUUAUGGGUGGUGUAAGGAAACGAAUGCCUGUCUACCCCAGAUUUAAUGAAUCAGCAAUGGUAUUACUGUCAUCGCAGAAACUUGAUAAUGGUGGCUGUAAUGUAAUGAACUGUUGUCAUUCUACAGAAACAAAACACUUGUCUGUACAAUAAAACAAGUAGUAACUUGUGAGAAUGAAGAA